UUUGUCGGAGCAAGGUGUGUCUGGGGCUGGGCGAUGAUGGGAUGGUUCACUCGGUGCUCCCACUCAGAGGCUGUCUACAAUGUGGGGAGCCGGUCCCAGAUGUGAACGAAGCAGCUUCAACAGACAGAGCAGAAACACACCGCGACUUUAAAGGAAGAUGCGAGUUUCUCACUGGUCCGCCGUGGUUUCCCUCCAGCUCUGCCUGUACCUGGUUGCAUUUGCACAAGGAAGUACAUCAAAUCACACUGAAGAUGUGAAAUUUAGAGGAACUAAAAACACACACAAGCAUGUCUUAAUAAAAAGCAACAAGAUAUCGCCCCUAAGCCAGUGGAUGAUGCAGACUCUGCCAAGUACAGGGAAUUCGACUCUUCUGGGAUUUCCAUACUCCUCACCAGUCUCUUACUCCAAACAGGAUCUUUGGGAUUGGUUGGGAAAUAUAUCGGAUCAACAUGAAGACCCCCAGUCUCGAGUCAAGAGACGUCCAAUUGUUAAAACGGGGAAAUUUAAGAAAAUGUUUGGAUGGGGCGACUUUUAUUCAAACAUCAAAACCGUGAAAUUAAACCUCCUCAUCACUGGAAAAAUCGUAGACCAUGGAAAUGGUACGUUCAGUGUGUACUUCCGUCACAAUUCCACCGGCCAGGGAAAUAUUUCAGUCAGCCUUGUGCCACCCACAAAAGCAGUCGAAUUUGACCUGGCUCAACAAACAAUAAUUGACGCCAAAGAUUCAAAAAUAUUUAACUGCCGUGUCGAAUAUGAAAAAAUUGACAGAGCGAAAAAGACUGCACUGUGUAAUUAUGACCCGUCCAAGACUUGUUACCAGGAACAGACACAAAGCCAUGUGUCCUGGAUCUGUUCCAAACCCUUUAAAGUUAUAUGUAUCUACAUUUCAUUUUACAGCACAGACUAUAGACUGGUGCAGAAGGUGUGUCCUGAUUAUAAUUACCACAGUGACACUCCCUACUUUCCAUCUGGAUGAAGCAGAGGGGGUGGGGAAAUGUAUUUUUUUUUAACAACAUGUGGAUUUGGAAUGAUUAGCAGAUUGACUCGCACACUAAAGGUCUUGGUGAUAACAGUUUAGUAACGGUUGUUAAAAGUGUUCUGUGCCUGUUAUUACAGCAUUGUGCAGCUCUACAAGUGGCAGUAAUAAUGUCUAAAAAAAAAUCCACCACAAAAAUAUUCACAAAAGUUAAUGUGGAAUAUCAACUUUCAUGGGACACUUCAACAGUUGGUGUCUGUUUCUGUCCCAUUGGUGAUAAAUAUUCAUGGUGAGAAGAGCUUCAGACUCAUGUCGAAAAUAGUUUAUAGUCUAUGAAAUAGUCCGGGUGACAAAAAUAGCAAGAUAUUUGACCAAUCAUUACCUAAUAAUCAUCUAAAAUCUUACUUAAUGAUUUGAUAUCAAAGCUUCUAAAUAAUUUUGCAGGUAGACAAAGUACAUUACAUUAAUAGUAAAAUGGAUGAAUAAUUAAAUAAUUGCCUCCUCCAUUAACUGAGGACACUGGUAAAUUGUAGAUAUUAUGUAAAAUGCCCACAUGUCGAAACAACUUCCACUCAACAUGUCUUGUUUAAUAAUCUCUGCUUCUCCCUGUCCCUGAUGUGCCUGUUACCUUCAUAGCAUAGUUUUAUAGGUCAGGCAGAAUUAAUAUUACAUUAUUUAUCAUAGCAUCUGGAUAACAGUGAUUGAAAACUUAUAGUAAAGGGAAGAUGUCAAAGUAGGCGAGCUCAUUAACUUAGUGUUCAUUUUCCUUUCUCUUUGUCGAAUUGAAACAUUCUUCCUCAUGCUGUUAAUUUUUACCCUUCAUGAAUAACAUUGGUUUGUGAGUAUAUUUGCCACUAAGCCACUUUAGCAGUCAGUUAAUGUCUUUGACCAAAAGAAAUACAAUAUUCUAUUACAUUAUUAACUACAGUCUUCUAGUUUACUUAUUUUAAGAUAAAAAUUGGGGCUGGGGGUGAAAGAGAGAGAGAUGUAAAUGCACAUUUAGUAUCUCUUCAAGAAAUUAACUAAUGCAUGAAGAUGAGGAUAAGGUUGUGGUCAAUGGAGCUGUCACCUGCUGUGCAUGUAAUAACAAUAAGGGAGUCUUGGAGGUCUGGAAAGGAUGUGAGUACCAAUAACAGCACAAGUAUUUUAACUAUUAUACAUAAUGCCAUUGUUUGCACUGAGAAAUGCUCUCUUCCACACUGUGUAUGUAAACUGGUACGUCUCUGUUGUGUGUACGUGUUCACUUCCACUAUUUGCUCAGUUACUCAAAAAGAGGAAAACCUGAGAAGACAAAUUCUUAAUGAACUUUACUUGUCAGUCAAAAGAUGGAAACCAGUUUGAGCCAAUUUUUUCCCACCAUUUUUGUUUCUCAGAAGAAUACCCAGACAGCCAAAUUUGUGUAAACAUAUUCAAUGUUAGCUGGUAGUAUUAGUAAAAUGCACUAUACACCGUAUAUGAGAACGUUUCAUAAGGCAACUCUUUCUGAAUAAAUAGUAUCUGUAAUUUUUUGAAGAAACGCUAUCAAAUCCUAAGAAGGUACUUACUGGUGGAGUAAUUGCACGUACCUAGGCCACCCACCUGUCAUCUCAUGACAGAUAACAUCAGUGUGACUACCUUCUUGAGGAAACUCGCAACUAUCGAAACUUUAGAGAUUUCUGAUUUGUAAUUGGAGAUCAUGAGGGCUAUGAAGCUUCCCUCUGGAUAGUUCCAACCUCACCAAUAGCUGAGGUGAAAGUUAUUAACUCACCUUGAGCUCAGUUGGUUAGAUUGGUCCUGUCGAGCACCUAACUUGUGGUUGAUGUUGUUGAAUUAAUUAAAUACCAAAUAGUAGCCCUUCUUGCCAUGGUGGAAUGAGACAAUGACCUGCUUCCCACUUUGAGUUUCAGCACACAGGCAUGUUUGCAAAUGGAUAGACGUAAUAUUUAUUAGUUCUGAGACUGCAAGCAUUCAGCACUGACUAGAAUUUGGACCUUCCUUUCUCUAUUGGAUGAGUUGAACUACUUCUUGUCUGGGUCAUGAUGUGACGCAGGAGAAGGUAGCAAUGUCAUGGAAAGGUGCACUCCAAACAUAAUCAUUAUGUCUCCUUCAGCCAAUAAGGGAACAACAAUGCUUGUCAGCAUUACCAUCCUUAUUUAACGGUUAAAAUAGAGGGAACUGUGACGCUGAAAAUAAUUAAGGUUUCUUUUUCAAGCUGUAUAACUCAGGACAUUCAUCAGAAAUCUCCCCUUCAACUCAUGCUUUAUCAUCACUACCACGAUCAGCGGUGCUGGACCACAUUAAUCUAUCAUACUUACUAAUGACAAGCAUCAUCAAUCAAUAAAAUAUUAACCUAGGUGUGUCUAAUCAAAUAAUGAAGCAAUAUGUCUGAUCAAAGUCUGUAACAAUCAAUCUUUCAGAUCCACGACAUUUUAUUUGGCCACCAAUGACAGCUGUAAAAGAAGUGUAGUCGCCAUAGAACCAUGACAUGAUGAUCUUAUU